AUGGGAGGUUUGAAGGAAUGGUUCAUGUCGUCCAAGGUUGUGAUGGGUAUGUUAAUGGUUCAAAUUUUCGCCACAGGGAUGCAGUUGUUGUCGAGGGUGAUUCUGGUGCAGGGUACUUUCAUUUUCUCACUCAUUGCUUAUCGCCAUGUCGUAGCUACUCUCUGUGUCGCCCCUUUUGCUUUCUACUUUGAAAGAGGCCACGCUAAGAAGUUGUGUUGGUCGGUCUGGUUCUUGGUUUUCCUGAAUUCAUUAGUCGGGAUAAUGAUGGCUAUGGGAUUCUUCUAUUAUGGUCUGCGAGACACUUCAGCUACUUACUCCGUCAACUUCCUCAAUUUGAUUCCCAUAAUCACUUUCCUAGUCUCCAUCACAUUCAAGAUGGAGAAACUAGGACUGAAGACAUGGAGCGGUAAAGCCAAGGCCAUUGGGACAAUUAUAUGCGUUGGAGGAGCAUUAACGACCAGCCUUUACACAGGAAAGGAAUUUAACACAGGUCACCAUAGUCGUCAUACAUCUCACACUGCUUCAGCAGAAGCACCCAAGGCUCACAUGCUUCGAGGCACUCUCUUUCUAGUCGCUAGCUGCUUCUCAUAUGCAGGAUGGUUUAUUGUCCAAGUGAAGUUGCUGAAAGUUCUUCCAUUGAAGUUUUGGGCAACGAUGUUGACAUGUAUGAUGGCGUCAAUUCAAGCUGCAGUAAUAGGGCUAUGCAUCGACAGCAGCAAAGCGUCUUGGUCUUUAGGCUGGAAUAUGGAGCUAAUCACUAUAGUGUACUCGGGGGCACUAGCCACAGGUGCAACAUUCUGCUUAAUAUCGUGGGUGGUUACAUUGAAAGGGCCCACCUAUCCUUCAAUGUUCAAUCCGCUGGCUCUCAUCUUUGUGGCCUUUUCAGAAGCUAUUUUACUUGGUGAACCCCUCAAAGUUGGAACCUUGGUGGGCAUGGUUUUGAUCAUUGCUGGCUUGUACUGCUUCUUGUGGGGGAAAACAAGGGAGACACGUAGCUUGGCCCAUUCAAAUGAAGCAGCUGUUGAAGUUUGCACGGUCAUGCCUGCUGAUUCUGUUGGUUUGCAAUUAGCAGCCAGAGUAGUUUCAAGUUCUUCAUCCAACAAUGCUGUUAUCGACAUAGAAAAUUCUCAUGCGAUCAAAAACAACCUUGAUUCCUAAAACUAUACUGAAGAGUGGUCGGGGAGCCAGGCAUGGUUAUUAAUAUUAAUAUUUUUCUCAGCAAGUGAUGAAUGUACUUUUGUUUUCUUGAGAAGAACAA